GUCGAGGCUUUGCCACGAGAGAACAUCGUGGUAAAGCAGGCCUGUGGUCAGGUGUGGAAGGCCGUGGUGCAGAACACCCCUCGAACGCUCCGAGAGUUGUUGCCCACGCUGAUGACGCGCCUCAUCGCCAACUUGGCCUCCACCAACCGUGAGAAGCAGCGGGUGGCUGCACGCUGUGUGGGCGAUCUCGUGGGAAAGUUAGGCGAGCGUGUGAUGCCCGAGCUGAUGCCCAUCUUCAUGGACACCCUCUCCGAAGGAGAUGCGCAUGUCCGAGAGGGCGUUUGCAUCGGCUUGGCGGAGCUCAUCAACGCCACCACGAAGGACCUGGGUUCCGGA